CAGAAACUUUCCUGCCAUUUCGUCUGUCAUAGCAGCAUAUUUCAAUUUCUGGAAUAUGCAGUAAGUUAA